CGAGCUGGACGAGAGAGUUGCCGUGACAACAACGUACGACCACAGGUACUGCAGUCGUCCAGUUCAGGUAACACAAGGCGUUGUCUGCUAACAAGCAAAACAAAAAUGUUUGUUUGUAGUUGAGGCAGCCAGUAAACCAAAAAGAAGCGAUUUUUUUUUUUUUUUUUUUGUAGAAUGAAGAUGGAGUUUGAGACGAAGACGACUGUUCCGACCCCGAGUCGCCAUGAAAAAAGUUUGGGGCUCCUCACGAUCAAGUUUGUCAGCUUGCUACAAGAAGCUGAGGAUGGCGUCCUUGAUUUGAAAGUGGCUGCAGAUAUCUUAGCAGUGAGGCAGAAGAGGAGGAUUUAUGACAUCACCAAUGUGCUGGAAGGUGUGGGCCUGAUUGAGAAGAAAGACAAGAACAUCAUUCAGUGGAGAGGACAGAACAGAAGCAGCCAAACUCAGGAGGUGCCGGAACAGGUCAGAGAUUUAAAGGCCCAAAUCUCUGAGCUGGAGGCCCUGGAGAAGGAGCUGGAUGAGCAGAAGGAAUGGCUGGAGGAGAACAUCAACCACCUCAACCACGAUCCAGGCACCAUAGCCUAUAAAUUUGUGACACACGAGGACGUCUGCAGCGCUUUCAACGGAGACACCCUUCUGGCCGUUGUGGCUCCGUCUGGAACCCAGCUGGAGGUGCCGCUUCCUGAAAUGUGUAAGAGUGGUCAGAAGAAGUACCAGGUGAACCUGCGGAGUGACUCGGCUCCCAUCCAGGUGUUGCUCAUCAACAGAGACUUGGGCUCCAUGGUACCCAUGGUCUUGUCUGUGCCUCCAAUCAACGACAUAUGUCCAACUCCGCCCGACACCCCCGCCAGCCUGUCCAACACCGCCUCUCUGUACUGCAGCCAGGACUCUGCCUGCUCAGACCACCAGAUGGUGCUGUCGGGCCACGAUGACGUUCUGACGCCGUCCUGCUUGCCUGAGGAUGUGGAGAUGGUGUGUCACGCUCAGCCUGCAGCGGUGUUGGAGCAGCAUCACAUAGACCUGACAAGCCCAGAGUUCCCGCCUGUCCUGGACGUCAGCAGCCUGCUGAAGCUCAGCGUCUCUGGAGAGCACGUGAAGGACGACCGAGGAGGAGCUGUUGACAUUGAUGAGCUGAUGUCUGCUAAUGGUAUGGACUACAGCUUCAAUCUGGACGACAAUGAAGGUGUGUCUGACCUGUUUGACGUGCAGAUCCUCAAUUACUGAGCACUGACUCUGAGCAUGUUUUUGCUUUCCUUCAAAGAUGCUAUAAACAUACACUUUUGACUGUUUUGUUGCAGUUGUGCAGAUUAUACUUUACAUCCUGUUGUUGCCUUGAUCAAACAUCUACAUUCCUUUACACACUUGUUUACUCUGACCUGUUGCCAACAAACAACCUACCUGAAUUCUUUCAUUGUUAGGUCCUUAAUUAUACAGCUUUGAGAUUUUCAUAGUUUCCUCUGUUAAAAACAACAUUCCAGGCAGUUAGUGACAAAGUGGAAGUAAGCAGUUUUGCUUGAGCUCAUUUUUACAGUAACUUAUUUUUUUUAACUUCCUACACAAGAUUGAAAAAGUGCAUGUAAGCGUUCUUUACGUAACAUAUCACAUGUUCUGUUUUACCAGCACUUAGCCUUUAAUAAGUCAUGUUUUUUCGGGCAUUUUGUUACCUUGUUCUUCUAAAGAUGCCAAAGUUUUCUAAAUUAUUGACACUGCCAAUUUAAAGGCCCUGUCACUCUAGACAACUUAUGUCAAUUUAUGAACAUUUUAAAGACGCCUACAUUGAAGAUCGAAUUGAAAAAAAAAAAAAAACAGGAAGCUGCUUUUUGGCAUAGACAUAAUGUAAUUUGAACAAACUGAUCAAAUAUAUAACUUUUAUUAGCAAUUUAGACAUAAAAAUGUUUCAUAAGUUGCUAUAUGUUGUCUAGUGGGACAGGGCCUUAAGCAUUUAGAGAUUUUGUUUUCCUGACCACUACUGUUGUAAAUGUAAACUCCUACAUUUUGCACUUAUUUAAGUUUUUUUGAUUUAAUGAAACUAAGUAUCUGAUUUUUGUUUACAAUAUUUGUGCCAAAUUUCUAACCAAAGUUAAUAUUUUGAGCUUGAAAGGCAUUUUGUAUAUUUGUUGUUUCCUUAUUAGAAGCCAUGUUUUCGUUGCUGAUUAUAAUUCUUUUUUUAAUUAAUUUAUUUUUUCCAAUAAGUUCAUUUAAUAUUUAGGCUCUGCUUUUCUGAUAAAUAGAAUUAGCAACGUUAAAAAAUAAAGAACUUGUUUGGGAGUUAGUGAAUUCUACAGAUGGCAGUGUUUAUCAUACUUUACCCAACGUUUAACAUCAGGAUGGGAAUGUUUUGUCCCUUUUGUUUUUCUUUCUUUCUUUUGGCUAAGUGAAGUGUUUUGUUCUGUCACUGCAGCAGAUGCUGUAUCUCAGAUGGUUUCCACAUGAGAGCAAAAACUUUGCGGGAGAAACUUGAUCUGAAUCAGCUGGGAUACAUGGUGGGGGUGGGGCAAGAACCUGCUAAUCUAUAACACAUAAAUGACAUGUAAUGGUGUAAGCAAUUUGACAAACCACAUCAACAAGACAAAUCACACAUGACUGUUGAUGCAAUUAUUGGACAGAUGUAAAAGUGUUUCAACUUUCAUUUCUUCUUCAGGAAAACAUCAUUGCAGGAACUGAACAUCAACAUUUGAUAACUUGAUACAUGUGUUUCACAGCUUGGGUUGUUUUUGCCAAAUGAAAAGGUGUACACGUGCAGGAAGUUCUUAAGGAAAUGGCAAAUGUUCUUCCCACAAUAAACUCAGGAGGGUUGUUUGGUUGUAGUUAUCUUUAAAAUUAAACUGGAAUGACAAUAGUUCAGCCAGAACUGCACAAAAACGACGCCAUGCCUUUUUAGCAGGCCCUGUAGAUGUGUUACAUCAAGGAGAUCUGCUGUAUUUAUUCAUGCUGAUUAUAAUUAAAGUGAACUUGUAAUUAACAGA